AUGGAGAGGAAGGAGAGGGAAAGGAUGGAGAGCGAAAAGAUAGAAGAGAGAAAGAGGUUAGAAAGAGAGAGGGAGAACCAGCAAAGGGAAGAGAGGGAAAAAGCAGAGAAAGAAAGGGAGCAGCUGAGGGCAGAUGAGGAAGAAAAGAAAAAAGAAAUGGCAAAAAAGAAGAUGGAAGAGGAGAAGAGCAGAAAGAAAGAGGAAGAGAAGAUGGUGGAAAGGGGUGAUAAUAGCAAAGGAAUGAAACCACAACAGAGACAAGAGAUAGCUUUUGAUUUAGUGCAAAGCAGCCAGGAAGUGGUGAGCAUCCAAUCAGCUGAGUGGCCUCCACUGAGGGAAGCAGAGCUGGAUGAUAUCGCAUAUGAUGAUGAUGAAGAGUCAGAAAGCAAAUGUCAUCCCAAACUAGAGAAAACAGUCGACCCCAAGGCUGAAAUCCAACGGCUCUCCACCAGAACUGCUGACUCUGCCCCUGCAGCCAGACCAACAAAUAAAUCUAACUCCAGAUCAGGCAAACCUAAGGACAGUGAUACUGCUGUUAAGCCCCUGAGUGGGUCUGGCCCGAGAUCAGUUAAACAAGGCAAACCUAACAUUCACCUAGCCGCCAUCCCAGAGUGGAUGAGGGAGGAGGAGGACGAGGAGGUGGAGUAUGAGAGAGGACACGAGGAUCUCGGCUCUAUCUGGCUGGCUGAGCUGUACAUGGAGGGGGAAGCGGGCCCAGGACACCCAUCCUCUGCUGUAACCCAGAAGCCCUCUUCUCUGCCCUUCAGCGAACAAACCCGUCACCAGACCUCUGCUGCCAGUCAGCGUCCUGACUCUGUGACCGGUCAGACUGAACAUCCUACAGAGACGAGGGCUAAACUUCCUCCCCAACACAAUGAGGCUCGAAAACAGCCAAUAAAAGGACAGAGAGACGAUCAUCCCUGCCUGGAGGUAGCAGCUGACAAGGAGGGAGAACUUGUUCAAUCGUCUGUGAUGCACUUGCCCCUUCAUCCAAGUGCAAAUGCAACCAGCCAACCCUCUGACUUAAAACAUACCAAGAUACAAGCUGACAUACACAUCAGCAAGACACAUGAUGACCCAAGGAAACCCACAGAUUCACUCAUGAGUCUUGAAAUGAGGGAUGUUAUUCAUGUGAACCAUUCCAAGAGCUUGAACGAGCGCCCCACACAGAACGACAGCACACGGAUGGACGGCCGACACACAGGGACCCCUGAUCAUAACGACCCCAUCAAAGACAAACAUCUCCAGGAGGAGGAGGAGUUCCUGUUAGCCAAAAUCCGUCUGAUGAGCGGUGGUGACACGUCACCCGUCUCUAGUGCUCGCAUUAUGAAACGCCUCAUCCCCGCCCCUGGUGAUAUUGAUAGUGACGCCACAGAAAACCCUCCCGAACUUACUGAUCAGAAUCAGAUCUCAUUUACCCGCUGCUGUGACGGCCUGCAGGAAAUAUCACUAACUGAGACAGAGGAGCCACUGAGAGGGAAGCGUGUGCUAAAGCACCAGGAGGUCGACCUCCCGUCUGAGCUCAGAGACACGACCAGCACAGACACACACACCCCUCCUCCCCAUCACUGUGAGAUGAAGACAUCUUGGCUUCCCACAUUACUAGAAGAGGAAUCUGCUGAAAUCAAAACUCCUGAUCCAGUUCCUAAAGUCAGAGAGGAGGCCGAUGGGAAGGACGACUCUGCUGAGGACCUGGUGAACUCCAGCCAGUCGCUGCUGCAGUGGUGUCAGGACAUCACCAGCCAGCACCAGGGGGUAAAGGUCACAAACUUCAGCACGUCCUGGAGAAACGGCCUGGCCUUCUGUGCCAUCCUGCAUCACUUCCACCCAGACAAAAUAGAUUUUGACCAGUUAAAUCCACAUGACAUCAAGCUCAACAACAAAAAGGCGUAUGACGGUUUCGAGGCGCUGGGCAUCUCUCGUCUGUUGGAGCCGUCCGACAUGGUUCUCCUAUCCGUCCCCGACAGGCUCAUAGUCAUGACCUACCUCAGCCAGAUCCGCUCGCACUUCACCAACCAGGAGCUGAGCGUGCUGCAGAUCGAGCACAACAGCAGCCAGUCCAGCUACGGCCUCGCCCUCUCCGGCCCUGCCCCCACUGACGUCGACGCUGCUGCAUUCUGCAUGGCCAGACUGAACGAAGGAGUGAGUCUAGAGGAAGGGGGAAGCAGCACACUGGUCGUCCCGCCACCGAGGACCAAACGACUGGUUAAAGGUAUCAACCCGUCGUCAUUUAUGCCAUCUGUCCUCAAGGCUCUUUUUAUCUGCUUCAACCUUUUUGACCCUUCA